GUUCCGGGGAAGCGAAGCUGAGUAGAGGCUGAAGCGCGUGAGAGCAGAGUUCUGAGCGCUGCACGAGCUGAACUUUGCGAAGAACUCUGCCUUGGUAUUUCUGGACCCUGUGAGAAAAAGACCUUCCUUCGCGUUUGAGCCAUGAGCGGCUGUUCCAAGAGAUGCAAGCACGGCAUUGUCAAAUUCGCUCGGACGAUUUUCAAGCUUAUCACGGGCACUCUCAGCAAAGAUAAAAUCGAAGAUGAAUUAGAAAUGACUACGGUGUGCCACAGACCCGAAGGCCUGGAACAGCUUGAAGCGCAAACCAAUUUCACUAAAAGAGAGCUUCAAGUGCUUUACAGAGGAUUUAAAAAUGAAUGUCCUAGCGGGGUGGUUAAUGAAGAGACGUUCAAACAGAUCUAUGCACAGUUUUUUCCUCAUGGAGAUGCUAGCAUGUAUGCACAUUAUCUCUUUAACGCGUUUGACACUGCACAGAAUGGCUCAGUGAAGUUUGAGGAUUUUGUGAUGGCGUUGUCAAUUCUGUUGCGGGGAACAGUUCAUGAGAAGCUCAGAUGGACGUUUAACCUUUAUGACAUAAACAAGGAUGGCUAUAUAAACAAGGAGGAGAUGAUGGAUAUAGUAAAGGCAAUUUAUGAUAUGAUGGGAAAGUACACGUAUCCCGUGCUGAAGGAAGAUGCUCCAAGGCAGCACGUAGAAGUGUUCUUCCAGAAAAUGGAUAAAAACAAAGAUGGUGUUGUAACUUUAGAUGAGUUUAUCGAAUCAUGUCAGGAGGAUGACAAUAUCAUGCGGUCCUUGCAGCUCUUUGAGAACGUAAUGUAACCAUGCCUGGAAAGCUCUGGAAGAGUCAGAGACUGUGUGUGUAACAAAGACCUCCUUUCUGGGUGAAAGCUUUUUAUAAUUCAGCCAUGUUCAAUUCAGCCAGCGUGUGAGGGUUUUGUAUGACGUGUCCAACCAAACGGCAACUGAAUGCAACUGAUCCCAUCUCUCCUCCGCAAGAGACGACAGUGGACCUCUAUUUCAUUUUGGAAGCAUGCAAAUACUUUAAUAAAACCUGACGAGAGAGCUGCUGCUUGAAGCUCGAUGAGUAAUACACAGCGUUCUGUUUGCAAGCCACAAGUCCUGCUUUAAUCUAGCAAGCUUGAUUGCGUAUGAUAGCUCAUGUUGAUAGCAUAUUCAGCCACCUAUUACAAGCAAAAAGCUCAGUCCAUACAACCAUAUGGCAAAAUGUUUUAUGGAUGCCUUGCCUUUAAUCUGCUUUUACAAAAAAAAAAAAAAGAAUCUACAAGGGCCAUCUGUAAAAAUGAACAGUGAAUGUACCUAGGACGUUAAGCAGACAGCCCGUGUAGCCAGCAUCCCCAUUUCUGCAGAGAUCUUGCUUCUCACGGCACUGGUGCCACCACGCUGAGGCUGGUGGAGGUAUUCCCGAGCACAUUAACCAGAGGAACUCAAUACCAGGGUUAGUCAGAAAGGAGCAAAGCGUGAGUAGCACGUAAAUUUCAAAGUGCAGAGCAAAUCUGAUCAAUGAUGGUAAGUUGUUGCAGGACCAGGUAGGUUUAUAAGGGCUGCUAGAGGAAGAUGCACACCUGCUUUGGUCCCAGCCACCUUCUGCAGUCCCGGUGCGCUGUGGGACACCGAGCGAUUCUCCACUGUGCACCUCAGCAGCACCAUGGCCGUGUGAUGGUCCUUCCGCUGUGGUUUGGCACCUGCUUCUUAGAUGCGUUACUUGAACAUCUGUAUUCCUCCAUUAGAUGUUAAAACAAAGUAAAUUCUACUCUGUGGAGUUAUUUAAGCUUUCCAGAAAAGGGCCAGGUGGUGCAGCUGUGUUCCCACAUAAGGGCCUUGGCACCCACAGAGUGCCAAAUAAGUUUAAUUGGCGCCUGCAUGGUUGCUGUUAGUAUCAGAAAUGUCUGCCGGGGUAGUUCCACAUUUUCUGUAGUAAAAUCUUCAUCCCACAAGACAGUUGCAUGACUCGUACAAGUCCUGAUCCUUACCAAUGCCCCGGAGAGCUUUGUUGUGGGGAAUUGUUGGUUUCUUUCUUCCAAGAGGGAAACAGGAAGUCAUGUAGCGAAUUUAUACCAAGGUUGGAUUGCCCAGUAGAUGUGUCUGCUGAGGAACAGGUCAGCCUGCUUUGCAGAGGAGUCUUAAGGAAAAUGGCUGUUCCCAAGCAGCUGAUGGUUGGGAAACCAAGGGAAGGAGGGAGCAGCCACCUGUACCAGCUGCACAAACCACACAGAAAGGGGAAUCCCCUGUCGUACCCAACAUCGUCCCUGUCCAGUAAGCAUAUAUUUUUAUUAUGUCAGAUACUAUAUUGCUAAUAUACUGUUGGCACUGAAGAUAUAUUUUAAAUAUUACGUAUGUGGAAGCUUUUUAUAAGACUAAAUAUAUAGAAUGCCUAAUUUCUGUAGCCCUAUGUUUUAUAAAAAAAAAUUAAUCUGUUGAAAUAUUCCUGGUUAUAGAGGUAGGUCUGAUCAGUACUGGAGUAAUGCUAUGUGUAUUCCUCAAGAUGGAAAGUGUUCUUUUUUUCUGUGCUUCUGCAUACUCUUCUGUGUGGUCUUUGCUUUGUUCCCCCAAGUUGAUUACUUGUCAUCAAAACAGCUGGUCAGCUGAGGGAAGUUACUUGUAUGCAGGAAUGACAUCUCAAUCUGUCCUGUUCGCUGCCUUGCACGCAAUUAACCAUGAAUUAAUUCCUUCUAGCAAGUAUGCAGAGCAAAGCAGCUCCAGUGAUGUGCUGGGAUUCACAGAAGGGAUGCAGUGCUGUGAGAGUAGCCUUGUCUUCCAGCUGUCCAGUGUUGUCUAUUUGUUUUUUGUUUAAUAGGCACUUGGUAAAGACAUCAGCUGUAGCUGGAAUAAUGCCCAAUAUUUAUGUUGUUCCUUCUUGUGAUUCUUCUUGUAAUCACUUGGGCAAAUAACAGCCUUCAGUGCAACAAAAAACCUGCUUUGUUCUCCUCCAUCCCUACAGGCAUGUGUCUGUUGUCAGUCUGAGCAGGUAAUGUCACUAGACCAAAAAAAGGGAAAGCAAUCAUUUGUACUGAGUUCUUCAGUGUCUUUCACCUCUAACAGUGAUGCUCCAAGUGUGCUUGCAAGAUGGCAUAUGUAGCCUGAAUAUUUCUUAGAAUUAGAAUGUGCCUUUUUCAGUAGACAAGAAGUAUUAAUACAUGCGUGAUCCUUGUAGACCCUGGAGCUAAAUUAAUUUCUGGAGCCGCCCUGAAUUUGGCCUCAGCUGUGUUUUCAGUCUCCGCUAGGAGAAGUGUUUUGUUCCAGGGACCAGAACUGCUCUGGGUCAAGUACAGCCUGACUGAGCAACAUACCUGAAACAUCUGCAUGUUACUCUCAACGUAUCUUUAAGGGCAUUGCUGAAGCCAGAUUGCUAUUAGUGCCCUUACACUUUUUGUUUCUCCUCUUCUGCACUGAUGUAGUUUUUAUCAGUUCCCAGUAAUGAUGGCCGUGUGUUAGGAAGAGAGGGAGAUGCUGAAAGCUGCACUGGUCCUGACUCUGCCCCUAAGCCAUAACCAGAGCCCAGCUACCAUUGCCUGUGCCUCAUGCCUGCCAUUUGCUCCUGGAUUGCUGCUUCUAUGUUCCCCUUAAGAUGCCAUCCAGAGACCCAGCCAGGCCAGGAGAAACUCAUGGGGUUCAGUAAAUCCAAGUGCAAGGUUUGGCACUUGGGUCACAGCAAGCCCUGCUAUCAGUGCAAACCGGGGAAUGUAAGGUAGAGCAUGGCUGUGAACUAAAAGAGGGGAGAUUUAGGUUGGAUAUGAGGAAGAGGUUUUUUACAGUGAGGGCAAUGAGGC